UGUCAAACCUCAAACAGACGUCAUAGUUUAGCAAUUCUUGCGUACAAUUCGCAUCUAGUUUAUUGCAAAAAGCAUUAUUCAAUGAAAUCACAACUGUAAACUACCAUUCCAGCGGUUAGUUCGCAAAUUUCACGCGUCUACCACAACAUUGUUGAUAAUAUUUGCGCGUGAAUUUGUGUAUUGAACACAAAAUGUAAGACAACUAAGCAUUCCACCUGAAACUAGCGCAAAGCAACUCCCCGCGAGACAUUUCAUACUCACAUACUGCAAAAAUCAGUAAAGAUUGACAACGUGUGGGGUUGGGCUUCGCCGCCCCUAAGGCUGCAAUUCACCAGCGGGCUGCGGGUGCCGGCGUGCAGGAUGGGCGCUGAGGUGGGCGAGCGGCCGCCGUCGCCGGCGCGCCUCUCGCACACAUCAGACAAACAUCCGAAGAACACGCUCACUGAACUCAACCUACUGCGAAGACACAGAGAGCUUUGUGAUGUGGUUCUCAAUGUUGGAAGUCGGAAAAUAUUCGCGCAUAGGGUCAUUCUCUCUGCGUGCAGUCCUUAUUUCAGGGCAAUGUUCACUGGAGAAUUAGCAGAAUCUCGUCAAACCGAAGUAACCAUCCGAGAUAUCGAUGAAUUGGCAAUGGAUCUCCUCAUCGACUUCUGUUAUACUUCACACAUCGUCGUUGAAGAAUCCAACGUGCAAACACUAUUACCAGCCGCAUGUUUACUCCAACUUACUGAGAUACAAGACAUUUGCUGCGAGUUCCUCAAGCGCCAACUGGACCCGUCCAAUUGUCUCGGCAUACGCGCAUUUGCCGAUACGCACUCAUGUCGUGAAUUGCUGCGCAUCGCCGAUAAAUUCACCCAACACAACUUCCAAGAGGUAAUGGAAAGCGAGGAAUUUCUACUUCUGCCUGUCUCACAAUUGGUUGAUAUAAUCUCCAGCGAUGAAUUAAAUGUGCGCACUGAGGAACAAGUCUUCAAUGCGGUGAUGUCUUGGGUGAAGUAUAAUGUCUCUGAUCGCCGUCAACAUCUUCCACAAGUCUUACAACACGUACGGCUACCUUUAUUGAGUCCUAAAUUUCUGGUCGGUACAGUUGGGUCGGAUUUAUUGGUGCGUUCAGAUGAGAGUUGUAGGGAUUUAGUUGAUGAGGCGAAGAAUUAUUUAUUAUUGCCGCAAGAGAGGCCGUUGAUGCAAGGACCGAGGACACGACCGCGGAAACCUACAAGAAGAGGAGAGGUUUUAUUCGCUGUUGGGGGUUGGUGUAGUGGCGAUGCGAUUGCUUCGGUGGAAAAAUUUGAUCCGCAGACAAUGGAAUGGAAAAUGGUGGCGCCGAUGAGUAAACGACGUUGUGGUGUAGGUGUCGCUGUCUUAAACGACUUGUUAUAUGCUGUAGGCGGGCAUGAUGGACAAAGUUAUCUGAAUAGCAUCGAAAGAUAUGAUCCACAAACUGAUCAAUGGUCCUGUGAUGUAGCACCAACCACUUCAUGUCGAACUUCAGUUGGCGUUGCAGUGUUAGACAACUUGUUAUACGCCGUCGGCGGACAAGAUGGCGUCCAGUGUUUGAAUCACGUCGAGCGUUACGACCCCAAAGAAAAUAAAUGGAGUAAAGUUGCGCCGAUGACGACGCGUCGUCUUGGUGUAGCGGUUGCUGUCCUCGGUGGAUAUUUAUACGCCAUUGGUGGUUCCGAUGGACAAGCGCCGUUGAAUACAGUGGAGCGCUUUGAUCCGCGGUGCAAUAAAUGGUCGCCAGUGGCACCUAUGUCAACACGGCGCAAACAUCUCGGUUGCGCUGUUUUUAAUAAUUUAAUUUACGCUGUCGGCGGGCGGGAUGAUUGUAUGGAGCUCAGCAGUGCGGAGAGGUUUAACCCGCAUACGAAUACUUGGAGUCCGAUUGUGGCUAUGACUUCACGCAGAAGUGGUGUUGGUUUGGCAGUAGUGAAUGGUCAAUUGUUUGCCGUGGGUGGUUUCGACGGCACCGCAUACCUGAAAACGAUAGAAGUGUACGACACGGAGCAGAAUCAGUGGCGAUUAUGCGGCGCAAUGAACUACCGUCGAUUGGGCGGCGGUGUUGGCGUGAUGCGUGCACCGCAGACAGAAAAUCGCAUUUGGUAGCUAAACGUGCCCGCGCUGCCGCCGCCAGUCGUACCUCCAGCGCCCGGCGGCGGCGGCGGCGCCGCUGGCAAUCGGCAUAUAAGCAUUAAGUUGAUUCAACGUUCGAUACUCAGCGUCGACGACAUCGCUUGAAACGUGCGCGGACGUACGCUACAGCUUUAUUUAGUUUUUAUUCAACACUAAUUGUAAGUGAAGCACUCUUUGUAAGUGUACAUAUUAUUUUGGCUCGGAGAUGCAUUUAACUCACAACUUGGAAGGAUCUGUGUAAAAAAAAAUUAGGAAAUAAUUCAAUAUUUAUCUCACACGGCGGUAUGUAGAGCGAGCGCAAACAAUUCACACGAAACAAAAAAAGAAAACACAAAAACCUGUUGACCUGUUGAUAAAUUUUAACUAAAAUCGUGUACGAUGUGAUUAUUGGUUGGGUGUUACUAGGAUAAACAAUACACUAAGCUUAGAUUUUAUUGAUUAUCAAUAAAUCAUGUGAUGAUAAACAAA